AUGCUCGCAGUCGCUGCAGUGCAUGCAGCAGGUGUACCAGCUGUGGCUAGCUCUUCAGCGGACGUGGUGAAGGUUGGCGUGAUCGGUGGUGGCCUGGGCGGAUCGUCAGCGGCGUAUUUCUUGCGCGACGCGUGGAAAGACCCGAAUCGCACACUGGACAUCACGUUCGUGACUGACAACACCACUGGGCGCACUCGCUCUGUAGGAGUCGGUGGCCAGAUGUUUGAAGAGGGCGGGUCGGUGAUCCACCCUAAAAACCUGUACAUGAAGGCCUUUGUGGAACGGGUGGCACACACGUCUGAACUGACCGGCGGAGAGGGCAACGGCUUCACGGGCAUUAUAGAGAAAGAGGGUUUCUUCUUCUUCACGACAGACCACCCUCUAGAGGAUAAGCUCCGGCUUGCAAUGCGCUAUGGUCUAUCAAUACUCAGGAUCGAGGAAAUUGUCGACAAGAUGCUGAAGCGCUUUGAGAGCAUCUACGGCCUGCAGGAUUCCGGGAAGGCCUUCAAGACCGUAGCGGACAUGCUGAACGCAAUGGAUCCGAGCGGCGACUUCCUCAACAUGACGCGCAUGUCCGGCCGAGACUACAUGAAAGCGCACCACAUCUCGGACGAGGCCAUCAGGGAGCUGGUCAGCGUGGCCACGCGUAUAAACUACAACCAGGAUCCGGACGAGAUGACGGCAUUCCCGACCUUGGUGUCGCUGGCGGGCUCGCAGGACGGCCUGUUCUCCGUCAAGGGCGGCAACUGCCGGGUCGCCGAGGGUUUGCGGAACAUGUCAGGUGCCGGUAGCCCGACCGGCAGCUUCGUGACGUCCAUCCAACGCAUCGCCAACGGUGCUGCUGGUUCUAAGCCCGUGUACAACGUCACGACGCGGGAUCUGGCAACCAACGCGCUGAGCUCCACCAUAUUCGAUGCGUUGGUGCUGGCCACGCCGCUGCAGGAUAGUGGUAUCACGCUGAUCGACUUUCCGCGCGCAGCCCCGCUGCCGGCCUGCUGCAUCGAGUACCGCACGGUGUACGUGACGUUCGUGAAGGGCAUGCCGCGGCCGGAGUUCGCCCACCUGCCGUCCUCCCUGAACGGCACGCGCUACCCGGACCUGGUGGCCACCCUUCCGAGUACCGACAUGCUCUUUACUUGCAUUGGCCGCGAGAGCACUGUCAGUGGGGAGCCGGUGCACGGCGACCCGGUCUGGAAGCUGUUCAGUCAGGUGCAGCUGACUGACGCGCACAUAAACGAGGUGUUCGAGAAGGUCGACCACGUGUACCAUGGUGAAUCCGGCGAGGUCAGCCACAAGUGGCUGGCGUACCCGCAGUACGGCGCGGGGCCCGAGGAGUUCCUGCCGUUCCUGCUCGACGACGCGCUGGCGUACACGAGCACGAUCGAGUGGGUGGCCAGCGCCAUGGAGAUGAGCGUCAUCUCGGGCCGCAACGCCGCGCUGCUCUUGCACAACGCUCUACACGGGUGA